UUAGAAACGUCGUGUAAACGGCGCGACCAAAGAGAAAGUUUUACGGAGAACUUAGCAGUUUGAGUGUUUUAUGCUUCUUAAACUUGAUCGUUUGUGUUAAGUGUUUGCAACAUAAGCGGUCUGAUAACGGAUAAGAGCAGAAUCGAAAGGAUUGGAGGAUGUCUCUUCCCAAACGGGAGAUGGAGGAAUUGAGGCCAUGGGUGGAGCGCACUGUGAAGAAAGUGCUAGGUUUCUCAGAGCCCACAGUAGUUACUGCUGCUCUACACUGUGUUGGAAAAGGACUGGACAAAAGGAAGACCAUAGACCAGCUGCGUCCCUUCCUUGAUGACUCUGCUGGAGGUUUUGUGGAGCGUCUUUUUGAGGCUUUGGAGGAAAGCCGCAGUUCCCGUGGCAAUAAAGGAGCAGGAGAAAGGAACCGCAAGAGAGACCUUAAGGAUGUGUUUGGUGAUGAAGCUGAAACUGGUGCUGUGCGAGAAACUCCAGAGCCAGGAGAUGGGACAACCGCUAAGCGGAAGCGGGUCCCUCGCUUCGAGGAGGUGGAGGAGCCUGAGGUCAUACCUGGACCUCCAUCUGAGAGCCCUGGCAUGCUCACCAAAAUGCAGAUAAAACAGAUGAUGGAGGCUGCCACAAAACAGAUAGAAGAGAGGAAGAAACAACUGAGCUUUGCCUCUUCAGUCCCUCCUGCACCAUCACAACUGGAAAGCCCCCCAGUCUCACGCCUUCUUGGCACUCCCACUGCUGCAGCUGCUGGUGUUGCUUCAUCUAUCGCCCCGUCCCAGGCUGCCAGCUUCAUGAAUGAUGCUAUCGAGAAGGCCCGCAAGGCUGCUGAGCUGCAGGCCCGCAUCCAGUCCCAGUUAGCCAUGAAACCCGGUAUCCUCGGAGCCUUGGGGAACACCGGGCCUCACAACCUAGUGGCACUAGCUAAUCUACACGCUAUGGGAAUUGCCCCACCGAAAGUAGAAGCCAAAGAAGUGAACAAGCCGACGCCUCUCAUUCUGGAUGACAAGGGAAGAACUGUAGACGCCAGUGGCAAAGAGGUUGAACUCACACACCGCAUGCCCACACUGAAAGCGAACAUUCGAGCGGUGAAGAGGGAGCAGUUCCGCCAGCAGCUGAAGGAGAAGCCUGGAGAGGACUUGGAGUCUACCUCCUAUUUCGACCAACGUGUGUUUAUUACACCAGCUCAGCGUCCUCGCAGGGCCUUCAAGUUCCACGAGCAGGGGCGCUUUGAGAAGAUCGCUCAGAGAAUAAGAACCAAGGCCCAGUUGGAAAGGUUGCAGUGUGAGAUUGCCCAGGCAGCAAAGAAGACAGGAAUCCAGGCAUCCACCAAGCUGGCACUGAUUGCUCCUAAGAAAGAGAUUGGAGAAGGGGAGGUGCCCAGCAUUGAGUGGUGGGACUCCUUCAUCCUGCCCUCCAACAUAGACAUAACACCCGACACAAAAUUUGAAGAGUUGGAGCUCUUUGGUGUGACCAACCUGGUAGAACAUCCUGCCCAAAUUAGCCCUCCAGUUGACACAGAUAAGCCAGUAACGCUGGGUGUUUACCUGACAAAGAAAGAACAGAAGAAACUGAGAAGGCAGACACGAAGGGAGGGACAAAAAGAAGUUCAAGAGAAGGUUCGUCUGGGACUGAUGCCUCCACCAGAGCCCAAAGUACGUAUCUCCAACCUGAUGAGGGUGCUGGGGACAGAGGCGGUUCAGGACCCCACGAAGGUAGAGGCCCAUGUCAGAGCACAGAUGGCCAAGAGACAAAAGGCUCAUGAGGAGGCCAAUGCUGCACGCAAACUCACAUCUGAACAGAGGAAAGAGAAGAAGGUCAAGAAAUUAAAAGAAGACCUCACUGAUGGCGUUCACAUUGCUGUGUACAGGAUCCGUAACCUGCAAAAUCCCGCUAAGAAGUUUAAAGUGGAAGCCAAUGCCAACCAGCUGUACCUGACGGGCACAGUAGUUCUUCACAGGGAUGUCAACCUUGUUGUGGUAGAGGGAGGCCCUAAAUCCCAGAAAAAGUUCAAGAGGAUGAUGUUGCACAGAAUCAAAUGGGAGGAACACAACAGUAAAAGAGAUGAUCCAGAUGGUGAUGAUGAUACAAAGAGGAACAACAAGUGCUGGCUGAUAUGGGAGGGCACAGCUAAAGAGCGUAGUUUUGGGGAGAUGAAAUUCAAGCAGUGUCCCACAGAAAGCAUGGCCAGAGAACACUUCAAGAAACACGGCACAGAACACUACUGGGAUCUCGCUCUCAGCAUGAGCGUGUUGGACACCACAGAUGACUGAAAUCUGCCUGGAGAGCACAUCGUUCUCACUCGACGUCCCCUUCUGCAAGCCCUCAGACCCACAGCCCCACGGCCAGUUAGCCCCUCACCACCGACUGGCUGCCUUCAGAUGGGGACAGACUUCAUCAAGAGACUUGAGCAUAGAAAAGGAAGAACAAUAAAACCUGUGUGAAUGUUAUUGCGGGACAGGUGUGUGUGUGUGUCUGCAUCAGUGUUCAUUUCUUUGGUGUUAGGCUGUUCUGUCAGAUAUUGUGUUAUUUGUUUUUGAAUACAACUUGACAGAUCGCACUCUGGUGUAAAUGUGAUGAAAGAAAUGGCGUCAGAUUAUGUCAUGACUUAUUUUUUGUGAUGGAAACCCCACAUGUACACUGAUAAUAAUCCCUGUUUGAGUCAAGCAGUUAAUAAAAAAUACCCCAUCUGUGAAUGACUGCGCCACUGUCGUGCUAACAUAUGUAGAGUCAACCUGGAAGGAUUGCUGGGUUAUGUUACGACACUGUAAUAAGACUUAUCGUCAUUACACGUAGGUUACAUUUCACAGAAUUUAAAGGUCCAAAAUCCAUAUUUUUUUCUUUCGAAUGAGAACCGAGCAAUUCUUUGACUCACCCAUAGUUAUAUUUCUCUGCAACGGUUUAGGCACAGCCUUAAAUAAACAAGAUCAA